AUGCCAGCAUCCCAACAAUCGUCAUCAUCAGUAAAUUUUUCUAAAACUGCAACAGUAGUGACAAUGGCUGAUGUCAAUACAGAGGGUAAGGGACAAAAUGUUUCACCAACAUUCCAGAGGGAAGGAUUUAAAAAUAAAGUAUCCCCAAGGAAGGGUAGCAUUAACGGUAAGAAUGUAACCAGUAGUUCUGACAUGGGCAAUAUGAAAAGGACCAGUUAUACGUCUGGUUCUUUGCAUAGAUCUGUCUUCAAAUCAAAAAAGAACUUGGGACAAUGGCCUUCGAAGGGAGGUGCCACCCAGAAGAAUAUUCAGUUGAAACUUAGAGAUAAAUUUGCAUCACCAACUGAUACAUUACUUUCACCUUGUUCUCAAAAAUUAAAUGAUCAUAAGACAAAAUUUUUAUUAGCAAAAUCAAAUCCAACCAAACUAGCAUUCGGAGAAUCAAAGAAGAUAGAUAGUGAUGAACCGAUGUUGGACUUCCUCUCUGACUAUUAA